UCUGAAACUAUUUAGGUUCGUUGUUCGUUUUUGAGGAGGGACGCUCCUCUACUCUCCUCAACUCUGUAGUUACACAUAACCUGGUGUUAGCAACACGGUACCGUCAAGGAGACGAGGCUACCAGCGGAAAACCAAGCAUAUCCAGAGGUGUAGGAGCGUCUUUUGGGGUGGAAAGGAGUCGCGAUGUUGAACCCGAGCAACGGUGACCCAGGCCACGUUGUGGUGAAUUAUGUCGAGGAGUACUUGGACCUGGUGGAGUCUCUGCCUUUCGACUUGCAGAGGAGCGUGUCCCUCAUGAGGGAAAUAGAUGCCAAGUAUCAAGAUGCACUCAAGGAGCUUGAUGAUGCGUAUGAACGCUACCGCCGAGAAUUGGACUCGCUUCAGCGGCGCAAGCUGCAGUUAUCCAUCCAGAGGGCGUUGAUCCGCAGUCAGGAGCUUGGAGACGAAAAGAUCCAGAUUGCUGGUCAAAUGGUGGAGUUGGUGGAGAACCGAACCCGACAAAUGGAGUGGCAUUCUGAGCUUCUCCUCUCCUCCCAAGAAGUGCAAGAGAGUCACAUUACUACGACGACGCCUAUGACGACCGCUUCUGUGUCCCUGAUGUCGGCCUCUUCGGCGACAGUCACUCCGGGCAAAUCCGGCCACCACGACAAGAAACGAGACGAAGUCACCCCGGGUUCGGUUGGUGGAGACAAAGCGGGAGGGAAGCGCUCGAGGCGUCAGAAGAACGGAGAAAACCGCGAGUGCUACGGGGGUCUGGAUCAGUCGGAGGAAGUGGGCGCAUCUCGGGAAAAGAGGCCCAAAACGUCUUCCAAGAAGAAGAAACGAUCUAAAGGGAAGUCGGAGAGAGAAGUGUCGCCUCCUGACCUGCCCAUAGAUCCAGACGAGCCGACGUACUGCUUGUGUGAGCAGGUUUCCUACGGAGAGAUGAUUGGCUGCGACAACGACGAAUGUCCAAUAGAGUGGUUUCAUUUCUCCUGCGUUGGGCUCCAUCACAAGCCCAAAGGCAAGUGGUACUGCCCCAAGUGUCGGGGAGAGAACGAAAAGACCAUGGACAAAGCCCUGGAGAGGGCCAAAAAGGAGAGAGCUUAUAACAGGUAGCUCGCUUUGCUUGGCCCAGUGAACUCUGAAUAAAAGCUACAAUUUUAUGUGUUUGUUUUCAUUUAACACUUAUGAAGUAUUGUACCGAUGAAAAGGGUCAGUUAAAAAGUUAUUUUUGUAGCCGCUGCAGAGCUGAGGAACAAGAUGCACCUCCGACUGGCUUCUGGCAUUUGUAAAAACAUUUAUAGUAAGAAAAGAACAGGUCCGUGUGCAUGUUUUAGGAGCUGCUCUACACUUGCAUCGCUUUUUGUUCUCAUCAUACAUUAAACCCAAGUUCAAGUAUAUCUGCUCAUUUAACAAAUAAAACAUUUCUAAACUAAUAACCUAUGGUGUCUGGUAUAACGGCUGUCUCAGAGAGCUUGGUUUGUAGUUCAGCUAGCUGUAAGUUGUAGUUUAUUAAAGUUAACGUGUUUUGUAUAUAUA